GAACUAGAAAAAUUUAACCCAAGCCAACUCGGAGCAACAUAAUUGUGUUGAUUGUGCGCGUAUGAGAAAUAAUCAAAAUAACAAACAUCAAAUGUAAUCAUGGUUGGCCGAAAUGCCAAAGCGCUGUCACAUUUUCACCGGCUAACCGAAUAUAUUGUGCAAUGUAAGCACUGCGACAAGACCCUCUCAUCCAAACACACUUCUUCCAAUUUGACGCGCCACUUAAUCAGGAACCACAAACAGUUGGCGCGAGCAAUAUUUGCCGGUGACGAGGGUAAAAUGCUAGCGGAGCUAAGGGAGGAAUUGAAUGCACCAGAUCCGGAACCAGAUGUACACAUGGAGGCCAAUCUGGGAGAGCGGGAAACAAAAACGGCGGUGCGCACCAUCAUUGACAACCAGGUGCGCCAGGAGCAACAUCAUCAUGCCGAACGCAAUAAAGUGAUUGGCAAAAAUAAUAAGCUGUGGGCGCACUUUGUGCGCAUAUCCGAGUUUAUGGCCAAAUGCAAGCACUGCAGCAAAACAUUAUCCUCGAAACACUCGUCGUCCAAUUUGAUGCGGCACAUCAUCCGGCGUCAUCAUAAUUUAUCCAAAAACCUCAGCUACUCGCAACACAGCCUAAUAUCACCCAAAAAGGAGAUAAUGCAAGCUGAGGAGCGUAGGCAAUUGGAUCCAUUGGAAAAGGUCGACUUUGACGAUGUGGAUAGCAUCAUUGAGAAGGUCACGGAUCACAUGGAAGAUGAGUUUACUUCGGUUUCACUUCAGGGACCUUUCUACGAAUACGUGGUGGACAAUUCGGACGUGAUGGUAUCCCGACAUUGUGAUGAGGAACCAUCGAAUAUGGCCCAUUCGAUGGAUCACCAAAACGACACAAAUUCACUUGGUGAGACAACGACCCAACUGGAUGAGAAGCUAAAAGCGGAAACAAUAUAUUACAAUGAAAUGGCCGAGCUGGCCAGAGCCAAACGGCGAUUAAUUGAUCUGCAGACCAAGAAGCUUUUACUUGACAUGAAUGUUGUUGAAGGCAACUAAAAAGCAUGAAC